ACUCUAAUCUUAUUUUUCGUCGAUUUCUCAACCAGUGGAUAUCUUUUUUUUGCCAACAAUGGCGUCAUCUCUGCUCUUCACUUCUUCUCCCUCCGUCCUGAGGAAUAGAGAAUUCUCUGUAUUCAAUUCUCGCUUUAAACCCUUAAAACCUAACUUGAAGCAGCACUUAAUCAGUGUAAGAGCUUUAAAAGAAACAACCAAAGAAACUAAAACUAACGACCCUUCUUCCCCGGAAGAAAUCACUCAGAAAUUCGGUCUUGAAGCUGGUCUCUGGAAGAUAUUCAGUGCAAAAGGAGAGGAGGAAAGCGGAGAGAAAUCUAAAGGGGAACAAGCCAAGGAACUACUCACUAAAUAUGGAGGAGCAUAUUUGGCAACUUCAAUAACUCUCUCGUUGAUCUCCUUCUCACUCUGCUAUGCGCUAAUAAAUGCAGGUGUCGAUGUUCAAGCAUUACUGCAGAAGGUGGGUAUUUCAGCAAGUGAAACUGGAGAAAAGGUAGGGACUUUCGCACUGGCAUAUGCAGCACACAAAGCUGCAUCUCCGAUUAGGUUUCCUCCGACUGUUGCUUUGACUCCUGUUGUUGCUGGAUGGAUAGAAAAGAUAGUUGGGAAAGACAGGUGAAUUUUGUAUAGGGUACCCAACCCUUGAACGAUAGUUUUUGUAUACAUUUAAGAGUUCUGUCAAUAUAUUUAUCUUCAGGUUUCUUCUGAAAUGUCAAUUUUAUUGAAACUUAUUAAUCUGAUCCGAGUGGGGAAAUACACUGUUCAUCCUAAAGAUAUUGCUUGAAGAUCA